AUGGCUUUGUUGCACACUUCUAGCCCUUGGGCUGGUCUGCUGAUGUGGCUAGGAUGGAGCGCUGCAAUACUACCUUUUGCUCUCGCAACUGCGUACCACCCCAACACUUUCGAAAAGUGCAUGGGAGAUAUUGGAGAUUCCACCUCGAAUGGAGAAUUGAGGAGUUCACUUGGCAUAGAUGGCCAAACGGUGCUUGGGUCGCCCCCCAAAGGUUGUAGCAAUCCCCAGCCACUUGCCUGCAACAAUCUCGAGAUACCGCCUAUCGAUGGUUUUGAUGUCACACUGGUCGAAACCAACGAGGUCCACGGUUACCCAUUACCAACACAACCAGCUUCAGAUAUCAACUUUUGCAACUUCACCUUGACACUCAACCACCAAGGUGCAGACGAUGUCGUCUUUGUGAGCAUCUGGCUGCCCCUUGGAGACGCCUGGAACGGUCGCUUCGUCGCCAAUGGUGGUGGCGGUCUCGCUGCAGGUACAUUUGCCGCGUCUCUCGCUGGCCCUGUAUCCAAGGGAUUUGCUGCUGGCUCCACCGAUGCCGGGCUGACGUUGAACCACACCAUCGAUGCGAACUCUGGCAAGUGGGCUCUCAGAGCCAACGGCAGCAUCAACGAGCCCUUGAUCGACAAUUUUGCUACCCGAUCUAUUCAUGAGAUGGCGCUUAUCGGCAAAGCAGCGGUCAAAGCAUUCUACGGCACUAAAGCUCACCACUCUUACUACAGUGGCUGCUCGCAAGGCGGAAGACAGGGUUACUUCGCUGCCCAGUACAAUCCGCAUGACUUUGAUGGCAUCCUGGCCAAUGCCCCAGCCAUCAACUUGCACCAGUUAUGUCCUGGAUCCUUCUGGCCUUCGGUGGUCAUGGGUAAUCUUACCGCGCCACCGCAGUGUGUAUUCUUGGAAUACCAAAAGGCGAUUAUUGCAGAGUGUGAUCCUCAGGACAGCGCAGAAGAUGGCCUCAUCUCGGCUCCCGAGAAGUGUCAUUUUGAUACGAGGCGGCUUGUUGGACAAAGCAUCAACUGCACUGAUACUGGCGGACUUGUUGUGAUCACGGAAGACUAUGCCGAAGUUGUUGCCCAGACAUUGGAAGGCCCAAGGACGACAUCAGACAACUUCUUGUGGUACGGUAUCCCGCCAGGUGCAUCAUUCAGCGGUGUCGCCAACACGAAGACGGCUGACAGUGUCACCGUACCUGUGCCUUUCUCCCCCGCCGAAGCGUGGAUACGAUACUUCGUGGCCCAGGAUCCGGAUCUCGAUACCGCGUCUCUUACCUUUGGAGAGUUUGAGGAAAUUUUCAAUGAGUCCGUGGAAAAGUAUGUGAAGUCUUAUGGAUCAGAUGAUCCCGAUCUCACAGAGUUCAAGAAUGCCGGUGGGAAGCUGUUGACCUGGCAUGGCAUGGCUGAUCCGCUCAUCUCCCAUCUUGGAUCGACGCUAUUUUGGGACAGACUUCAAAAGAGAAUGGGUGGUUCGGAGUCUCUCGAGAGCUUCUAUCGGUUGUUCUUGGCACCGGGGGCGGGACAUUGCGGUGGCGGGUACGGUCCCGUUCCUGUUGAGCCACUCUCUAUACUCGUCGAUUGGGUCGAAAAUGGCAAGGUGCCAAACACCCUCUUUGCUGUUGUGACACAAGAUGGCGUGAACACCACCCGGAACCUUUGUCCCUAUCCCCAAUCUAUCAAGUACAAAGGAACUGGGGAUAUGAAGAAUGCCUUGAGUUUUGGGUGCGAAUAG